GUCUUAAUUUUUUUUUUGUUUACGAUGAACAUUCUCUUAGUGAUAUGCCUUCCCUUAAUUUGUGGUAUAAUUAUAGCUUAUGCAGUUGCCUAUUUCCAUUUCGGAAGAAAAGUCUAUUGUUCCAGUAUGAAUAGAUUAGAUGGAAGAACUGUUUUAAUUACUGGUAAGGAGAAGUUCGAUCAUUUUCUUACAAUCCUAAAUAUCGCUCAUGUUAAAUAGUUUGAUGUUAUGUGUUUCUUCAUCCUUUGUUUCCGUAGGAGCCUCUUCGGGUAUCGGAAGAGAGGUUGCACUAGAUAUGGCAAAGAGGGGGGCGAGAGUUAUCACUGCUAGUAGAGAUGAAGAAAAAGGACUCGAAAGUGUUAAUUAUAUUAAAAAUUUAUCAAAAAAUUCAAGUGUCUUCUGGAAAAAGUUAAACUUAUCCGAUUUAUCUUCAGUAAGACAGUUUGCCAUCUGGUUUACUUCUUGCGAACAACGACUCGAUAUUCUAAUAAACAACGCCGCUAUUGCCUAUAGUAACGUCGAAAAGACGGUUGACGGGUAUGAUUUGUGCUUUGGCACAAAUCACUUGGGUCAUUUUCUGUUGACUGAAUUAUUGGUUAAUCAUUUAAAAAGAUCUGCUCCAGCUCGAAUCGUUAUAGUUUCUUCAUUGGCACAUAUACUCGUACCGGGACCAUUAAGAUUCGAUAAAGGCGACGAAGAUACUCUCUAUCCUCAUUUAUCCGGAUAUGAAAUCAGUAAAUUAGCUAAUAUAUUGCACGCGAAAGAAUUGGCACGGAGACUCGCUCAGUUUGGAGUAUCGGCCAACGCUGUUCAUCCUGGAGGUGUCGAUACCGAACUUUGGAAAGGAAUGGCUUACAAAUGGCCGCCGUGGUUUUGUUUUCUAAUCCGAAUGAUGGUUAAACCAGUGUUAAUUGACGCAAAUGCUGCUGCUCAAACAAUAGUCUAUGCGGCCGUCGACGAUAGAGUUAAGACAAUCACGGGUAGAUAUUUUGAAAAGUGUUCACUCGCAAGAGAAAGUAUUCAGGCAAAGAGUUUAUCAGUGGCGAAAAAGCUAUGGGAAGUAUCUUCCUUCUUAACAGGCCUACAAGUUCAUACUCUACCUUUGGAAGUAAACGAACCCCGUGUCGUAGAUUGUACCGAUAAAACAAAUCAAACUCUUGAUAGGGAAUAGUUGAACCGAGACUAGCCACUGUUUGUUAUUUAUUAUUGUUUUUAUACUUAUCUAAUUUUCAAUUUUAUUUGAACCAAAUAAAAAAAUAUUUGCCACAAAA